CCUCUUGGCCGUAUCUAACACACCAACGGCCCAAGGGCCUUCAGGCAUGCAUUACACUACACCAUCAACACACAGAAACUAAAUCUGCAUUUUGUUAUCCUGAGCAUAGAUUAUGGUGUAACUUUUGCCAUAAGUGCAAUAACAUUGCAACCAGAUGCAACAAGCCAUGAUUUCAACUAUUUGAUCACAAACAGCUUUCCAGUUGCCUAACCCAAGUAGCUCACAUUACUAAAACUAUACAGCUGACUAGUGCUUUCGUAUGAUGUUUCAAACAAGAAUAAAGCUAUGAAGUAAACCUUUUUACCAAAAGACAGGAUUUAGACAGUAUCGGAAGUGUUGGUGUAAAGUUUCCAAAUGUUGAAAGGUUCAGGGAAAAGACUUUAUAAAUUCAGCCAAAAAAUGGUUGGGACAUUAAUAAGACGUAUUUCUUCAAACUCAGAUUUUUCUAGAUUAAAGAAUAGACGUGCAAAACCUGGUGAGCAAUAUCAACCCACUGAUGUAGAGCAUCUAGCCAAUGUUAUUUCACAUGGGGUUUGGAUUCUCCCAAGUGUGCUUGCCCUAGUUUUUAUGGUCUGUGUUUCUGUUAAUGGACUCCAACUAACCACAACAUUGUUAUAUGGUACAGCCCUGGUACUUCUGUUCACCACCUCAACUAUUUUUCACAUACUGUCUUACACUGGACAAUUUCCUGACUGGAGAAGAACGUUUCAUAUUGGUGAUAGAGCAGUUAUUUAUAUAUUUAUAGCUUCAUCAUAUACACCAUGGUUGCUCCUGAAAGAAUUUCAUUCAUGGUCCGAAGAGUUCUUGUGUAUGGUUUGGGUAAUGGCCUUGUUGGGGGUCACUUACGCAUAUCUGUAUCAUGAACGGUACAAGUUCCUGGAGAUUACCUUUUAUUUGAUUAUUGGUGUUUGUCCAGCUAUCUGUAUCAUGGACAUGAAGGACAUGUCAGGAAUAGUAGAACUGAGUAUUGGAGGUGCUAUGUACAUCUUAGGUGUAGUAUUCUUUAAAAUGGAUGGAAUAAUACCAUUUGCCCAUGCCAUCUGGCACUGCUUUGUCUUUGUGGGUUCCUUCUGUCAUUUUGUUGCAAUAUGCACACAUCUUCUUGGUGUCAAUCUACCAGGAUUUUAACAAAAACAUUACUUAGGUUCAAGCUGCAGCUGAAAUUUUUGAAAAGCACUUUUAUGACUUCAUUUUUUAUAGCUAUUAGCUUCUCAUGUGUGUUGCUUGCUGUGAACACGUUUGUAUUAGUUGUAGAAUAUAUAUUAUUUGUAAAAUACUUUUCAUAGUUUUGGUAUACAUUUCUAGAAAUAGGUAAAAUAAUCUUUUGGCCAUUGCGUGUAAGUUGGUAGAUUGAAAUGAUGCAUUGUUUCAAAAUCUAGCUGAUGAAAAAUCAGUUAUCAAGAAACUUGUAUUUGGCCUACAUUUCUGCACACCAAAAUAUCUAUCUCCAUUUCCUACCCAGUGAACAUUUGUACUAUUUAGUUGUUUUUUGUUAUGUUAUAAAUCAACAGAAACCAACCACUGCAGUAUUUUAAUGUGGAGGACAAAACUUACCUUUUGUACAACUUAUUUACUUGCCCUACAGUCAAAAGAAGCCAGAUUGUAUUACAUUUGUUACUUCAUGUUAGUAUGUUUGCUCAACAUCCAAGUCAAUAUUUAUAUUGGUGUGACUCAAUUCAUUGUCUUUAUAAGACAGAAAGUCAACUAAUUUAAGUAAUUAGGUUACAGUAAAGAAACAUAAUGAUCCUGAAUUCCUGUUUAGAUUAUUUUUUUUUUAAAUAAUAGAGACUUACACUACUUACAGAAAAGAAGUAUUUUAAAGUAACAUUUCUUAAAUAAUGACUUAAUAUUGUAAAAAAUUAUAUUGUCCAUUUUAUUGAUAUUAACAGUUCGAAAUACAUUGCAUUAGUUGUGCUUGAAACUGAGUAGGCUAUCAUCAUUUAGUUUGCCAGAAAUUCCUAUUGCCAGUUUUUCCAUCAUACAAAAAUAGCCAGUGUUUUUUCUUUUACUUAUGAACAUCUGUGACAGUUAAAUCAUUCUUUAUUUUAUGUUGGUGCAAUAUACACAGAUUUUGAUGUCUGUGACAAUCAAACUGAUCUAGACUUUACAUGUAGGUUUAAAUAUAUUUUAUAUUGAUCAUUAUAUAGUGAUGCAUGUAUGACAUAUUUUUAGAACCAUCCCAGAUUUUGUAAUGGUGCUAUCUAAAAACAAAUUCUUGGUUUAUUACUUUUAAACUCUUUAAUCAAAAUUCACAUACAUGUUCUUUUAAAUAUAGAGAUGUGAGCAUUUAUUUUUCAACCUUUGCAUAUGCUUGGUGAAUAGCAGCAUUAUGCCUCUUAUACAAAAUCAAAAAUCAGUAUAUUUUUAAGUCCAUGUAAACUUUUAAAAGUAGAGUAGAAGUAAAAUAGUAUUAAUUAUAAAUUAAAUAAAGGAGUAUUUACUUGAGCUAUAAGAUUUAUAGCUUUUUUUUUCAAGGCUGCAGUUUCUACAUAACCAUUGUAUCAUCAAAUGGUCAUCAAAAGCUUUAUAAAAGAAGAUAAAUAUUUCUAUUUUUAUAAAUAUUUUUUAAGCUAUUUAACAGAUUACCUCAAAUGUCUAUAUAACAAUAAUCAAUAUCUUGAAAAUGAUAGAUUAGUAUUAUUUGUUGUUUCUUUGCCUGCCAAAAUAAUAAUUUUGUUAAAAGUAUUCAACUAUUCAUAUUGUAUUCUAAUUGUUAAUUCAACAUUUAGUGAUGUUGAAAAUUUUAGAAGUCCCCUAUUUUCAGAAAGUGUUGUCAGAGAGUACAUUUUGAAAGAAUCACAAGAAGAAAAUGCAAUAAAACUUAUUCUAAGAUUUUUUAAAAUGUCUAGUGAAUUUAGUAUCUGAGUAUAAGAUUUACACAGCCUUUUUAAAAAAAAAUCUUUAUCUGACAUAUUCUAGAUAUUAUUACUACUACAUACAAACCCAUUUAAGUUAAUCCAGUAUUAUUAUCACUUGUUUAUUUAUAACUUAAUUAAUGAAUGGAAACUUGACUCAAAGACACAUUUAAAAUAAGUUGAAUUCCUUUUUUGAAAGUUUGUGCUCCCCUGUGACAAGUUGUAAAAACAUUGUUACUUUGCAUUAUUUUUUUCAAAUUUGACAAUCCCCCCACCUCAGGUUAACAAGUUUCAGCAAAGAGGUUUUGAAACGCCCUAAGCAUGACAUCAUUUCAUUGUGCUGCUUAUGAUAAUAUUCUAUUUAAGAUAAUACUAACACCAUUUGUAUAAGUGCAUACUCCAGAUUAUAAUUGUAUAAUAAAAUGCUGUCUACCAUUAUGGAACUGGAUCUGUGAUAACAAAUUGACAUAGGACUAGAAUAAUAACAUUCAACUGUUGAUUUUAUAUAUAUAUUAAAUGUGUAUAUUUUGAGCAGUUUUAGUACAUGUAUACUUGUUUUUUCCUAUCAUAAUAUUCCUGUAAAGAGAAUAUAACCAACUUCAAAAAUGAAACUGUAUGUGUCAGAGCAAUGACCUUGCUAUAACUGCAGUAUUUGGAACUAGAGAAAAGUUUGACCCUUUAAGAACUCAUUAUUUGCAGGCAUCAUGCAACCAAGUGAUAUUAUAUGUUUUACAUUCCCUGUGAUGUAAAAAUUAUUUUUAAAAAUAUCAUCAUAUAAUUUCAUCAAUCAAAAUCAGUUCUUGCUUUUUAUACCAUUAUUAUUUUUUCUUUUUUAAAUUUAUAUUGUAAAAGCUGUUGACACUAAUCUUUGUAAAUAAUUUAUUUAUAUUAAUAAAUGUGGAUUUUAAAAGAUGCAUAAGUAUGUUAAUAACUAGAUACUUAAAAACUGAGAACAUAGCUAUUUUAUUAUUUUUUAAAUUGAAAUGACAAUUUUUUUUAUUGAAAAAAAAAAGAUGUUGCAGUUCAUUACAUGACAUAAGUUUGUAUUUUUGAACCUUUGGAUUAAUGGCUUUCCAUUUAUAUUUUUAAAAAACCACAGAAACCACAAUUAAACUAUUUUUAUUACAAUUUAUGGAAAACAAAAAAGUACAAUAAACCAUCCUUUUGUUUUCCAUACAUUGAUACAUUAUGAUUAUCCAAUAUUUUUUGAUGAGUCAGUUGUAUUGUGAUGUAUAACAUUUUAGAAUAAAAUUAUAACAGUUUUUCUUUUAA